UUGAAGGCGGGAACUUGAAGGAGAAGACGAACUGUAAGCUCUCUCUCUCUCUCUCUCUAUGUGUUAAUCCCUAGAGACACGGAGACCUUUCUCAUCUCGAGAGGAAGAAGCUCUAGGCAGGCUCAGCUCAAUUUCAUCCUCCUUCACUCAGAAAUUGCCGUGCUUCCAUUGAAAUGGGCAUUAAGGGUUUAACGAAGCUGCUGGCGGACAAUGCCCCUAAGGCCAUGAAGGAGCAGAAGUUCGAGAGCUACUUCGGCAGGAAGAUCGCCAUUGACGCCAGCAUGAGCAUCUACCAGUUCCUCAUUGUGGUGGGACGAAGCGGUACGGAAAUGUUGACUAAUGAGGCUGGUGAAGUUACCAGUCAUCUGCAAGGGAUGUUCAGUCGGACGAUUCGGCUUUUGGAAGCUGGAAUAAAGCCGGUCUACGUAUUUGACGGGAAGCCUCCUGAAAUGAAGAAGCAAGAGCUCGCCAAACGUUUUUCAAAGAGAGCAGAUGCCACUGAGGAUUUGGCUACAGCAAUCGAAACUGGCAACAAGGAAGACAUUGAAAAGUUCAGCAAAAGAACAGUGAAGGUGACAAAGCAGCAUAAUGAAGACUGCCAAAAACUUUUAAGACUCAUGGGUGUACCGGUCGUUGAGGCUCCGUCGGAGGCAGAGGCUCAGUGUGCUGCACUUUGCAAAGCAGGAAAGGUUUAUGCAGUGGCUUCUGAAGACAUGGAUUCCCUUACUUUUGGAGCUCCCAGAUUUCUCCGCCACUUAAUGGACCCUAGCUCAAGAAAAGUCCCUGUCAUGGAAUUCGAGGUUUCCAAGAUCCUGGAGGAGUUGAAUCUCAGUAUGGAGCAAUUCGUUGACUUGUGCAUUCUGUCCGGAUGUGACUAUUGUGACAGCAUUCGAGGCAUUGGGGGACAAACAGCUUUGAAGCUCAUCAGACAACAUGGCUCUAUAGAAAGUGUAUUAGAGAACAUUAAUAGGGAGAGGUAUCAAAUACCAGAUGAUUGGCCAUAUGUGGAGGCUCGGCAGCUUUUCAAAGAACCUUGUGUCUUUACUGAAGAAGAUGAACCCGAGAUCAAAUGGUCUGCUCCUGAUGAAGAGGGUUUGAUUGCUUUUCUGGUGAAUGAGAACGGGUUCAACAGUGACAGAGUGACAAAGGCAAUCGAGAAAAUUAAAGCUGCUAAGAACAAGUCAUCACAGGGCAGGUUAGAGUCAUUCUUUAAGCCCGCUGCAAAGACAACUUCAAUUGUAAAACGUAAGGGAAGCAAGUGCAUUCUUCGAACUCUCAAAUCGGAAAUCAAGCCUAAGGUGUUCUCUUUGCAAGUCUGUAUAAUUUCCCAUCCCAAGAUCCUUGGCCCAGUUAACGUUGGAACCAUAGAUUCAGGAUUGAAGUGCUCCCAAUUUCCUGCUAGAGGUGCCUUCCUAGGUGCAUGGAGCUGAAAACCCCAUGGACACACCCGAGAAUACUGCUAAGGAAGCCAGUAACAAGAAGUCAAAGGCUGCUGGUGCUAAGAAGAAGAAAUAGAUAGUUCAAUGUCCGGGAAAACACCGGGGAUGUUAAUUCAGGAGCCAUCAACUGUAUCAAAUCAAGGUGAGGUGCAUUAAUUCAUUCGGUAGUUCUUAAAUUAUUAGACCAUUCAUGUAGGUUUCUAUAGCCUGCAAACUUCCUGGAAGUUUGGGAUAGUGAAGCGAGGGUACUUGGCGAUUGUUUCUCAAGGUUAUGCAAUGUAAUGAACGGUUCCUUGCAGAAUUUCUUGCUUCGAUAUUAUUGUUGUCACGGGAGAUACAAGUGUCGCUCCCGAAACUAUCAAACUAACAAUGUUGAUUCAAAUUAUGGUUGGGAAAAGGUAGCUUGCCACGAUCCUCC